ACUGUAAUUUACCAUCUUUCCAGGUAGAUUUUUUCACGGAUGCCGACGAUUAUGAUUACCAGAUAAAAACGAGUGGCCACCUUAUCAAUACGAAUUGCUCUUCUUCUCACAACAGGAAAGGCCUUUGUUGCAAGAUGUCAGUAGAAUUUGACAGAUUUCUGGAGAGCCAAAAAAAAUGGUUUUGCCACUUUGAUGAUGAUAAUUAUGUCAACGUGCCUAGGCUUAUGAAGCUGUUAGAGAAGUACAAUUCACAAGAAGACUGGUAUUUUGGAAAACCUAGCAUCCGGGUUCCUCUGAAGAUUCCAGACAGGGAAAAUACCCAGAAAAUUAUAUCGUUCUGGUUUGCAACUGGAGGUGCCGGAUUUUGCAUCAGUAACGCUUUGGCUUUGAAAAUGAUGCCUAUAGCCAGUAGCGGCAGGUUUAUGAAUGUCUGUGAAAAGAUUCGACUACCUGAUGAUGUUACUAUGGGCUAUAUCAUUGAGCACGUUCUGAAAAAAAAAUUGACAGUUAUAGAGCAUUUCCAUUCCCACUUGGAACCAAUGAACUUGAUCAAACCUGAAACUUUUGAAGACCAGAUUUCCUUUAGUUAUUCCAGAUCUGGAAACGAAACGAACGUACUGACUGUUGAAGGUUUUGACAAAGAGUGUGAUCCAACAAGGUUUUUAUCACUACACUGCCGCCUUUUCCCUCAUUUCGGGUUUUGUUCUGGAUGAUGUUGAAUUAAUGAUGCUUUUAAGAGCAAGUAUUCACUAUGUUGAAGCAUAUCGAUUGUGAUUUGAUGAAUUUGAAGAGGAUCGACCAAUCAAGACUAUGGACGUCAAGCAUUCUUGAGCAGAUGUUAAAAAAUA